GUGGUGAGUGACUCCCUGGACACCAAGUGCAAGUGCCACGGAGUUUCAGGCUCCUGCUCGGUGAAGACCUGUUGGAAGGGGCUGCCAAACCUGGAGGAAAUCGCCUCUGAGCUCAAAUCCAAGUACCUGACAGCCAUCAAGGUGACCCACCGGCUCGUGGGGCCCAGGAAGCAGCUGGUCCCCAAAGAAAUGGGUGUUGGGCUGGUGAAGGAGGUGGAUCUGGUUUAUCUCCUCAACUCUCCUGACUACUGCACCCCUAACCUCCACCUGGGGUCUCUGGGGACGCAGGAGAGGCAGUGCAACAGGACCUCUGUGGGCAGUGGCAGCUGCGACCUGCUGUGCUGUGGCCGUGGGUACAACACCUACAGGGAGGAGGUGGUGGAGAGGUGCCACUGCAGGUACCACUGGUGCUGCCACGUGGUGUGCCAGAGGUGUCGGCGGGCGGUGGAGAGACACGUCUGCAAAUAG